UGCAAGUGUAUAGCCAGCGGUUGACCUGGCUUCUUCACAUACACUAUUAUACGUACAUUGAUAUAUACGAACCGUCCUGGUUCUUGCACCACCGCCGCACCGAUUCGCGCGAAAGCGAACUCCGUGCCUUAGGGCCGAAUCAUCACCGUCGUCCGAUCGAUCCGGGACCGGGACUCGGGAAGCAUGUUGUUAAAUGGCGACAGCAGGCGGGCCGCGGCGACAGCAGCAGCGCUGCUGGCUCUCGCCGCCUGCUUCUGCGCAGCUACUGGAGACGGGGAUAUGGCGGGCCCGCGGCCGCUCGUCCUCGUGGUUGACCAGUCCGGCAAGGGCGACCACAGGAGGAUUCAGGACGCCAUCGAUGCGGCGCCGGCGAGCAACCGCUCCGCCGGCGGCCGCGGCAGCGUCGUCAUCCGGAUCAAGCCCGGAGUGUACAGAGAGAAAGUGGUGGUGGACAAGCCUUGCAUAACUCUCGUCGGCGCGACCGCCGCCAGCUCGACCGUCGUCAUCACCUGGAACGAGUCCUGGGUCGCCGCCGACAGCCCGACAGUCUCCGUGCUGGCCUCCGACUUCGUCGCGAAGCGCAUAGCGUUCCAGAACACGUUCGGGACUAGCGGGCCGGCGGUCGCCGUGAGGGUGGCCGGAGACAGGGCGGCGUUCUACGGGUGCAGGUUCACGUCGUUCCAGGACACGCUCCUGGACGACACGGGCCGCCACUACUACCGUGGCUGCUACGUCCAGGGAGGCACCGACUUCGUCUUCGGCAACGGCAAGGCUCUGUUCGAUAAGUGCCACCUCCACUCCGUCUCGCCGGCCGGCGGCGCGUUCACGGCGCACAGACGGUCGUCGGAGUCGGAGGACACUGGGUUCAGCUUCGUCGGGUGCAAGCUGACGGGGCUCGGGGCCGGCACGUCCGUCCUCGGGAGACCCUGGGGUCCCUACUCCCGCGUCGUCUUCGCGCUCAGCUACAUGUCCGGCACGGUGAGGCCCCAGGGCUGGGACGACUGGAGCGACUCCUCCAGACAGAGCAGGAGCAGGACAGCGUUCUACGGGCAGUACCAGUGCUACGGGGAAGGCUCCAGAACUGACGGGAGAGUUGCGUGGUCUCAUGACCUGUCGCAGGCUGAAGCUGCGCCGUUCAUCACCAAAGUUUGGGUCGGUGGACAAGAGUGGCUUCGGUAGGAAACACUGGCUAGCUGUGCUCUGUUUGGUUCGUCAACAGUGACGCUGGGAAUAAGCUAGAGCUGCAGACGCGUUAUGGCCGGUUGGUGUCGAGAGUCAGAAUGUGAACCCUAGCUCUAACAGGGUUGGGUGAUAUAUUAAUAGACUGAGUAAACUGGGUCAGGCUUAUUAAAAGGGGUGAGAUGAUCAUUACACGGGGAAGACCCCAAACCCUAAACGGGUAUUCUAACA